AUGGCGAGGCAGGAGAAGGAGGACCCGCACAAGCAAUUGGUUGAAGCUUCAGAGACAUUGAAACCCCAAGCCGGAGAACUGAAAGAUGCCCAUUGGCAGCAAAAGCUGGCCCUGCAGGAGUUCUUGGAGCUCAAUGAGCUCAUGGCAGAGCUCUACUCCCAGAAGCAGAAGCUGGAAGCUCAGCUCAAGGACACCGUUGCUGAGGCCUCAAAGGAGUGCAGACUUCGUGAGCACAUCGCGGACUUCAAGCAAACAGAAAAGACCAGCUCAGCUAGUGAGCAAGAAACACAAGCACUGAAGCUGGAAGCAUCCCCAUCAAUUUCUGUGGCUGCAAGCACAGAACUGCAGGAAGUAAGACAGCGUUGUCCUACCGAUGCUCUCAUCUGGGGUCUGCCCUCGUGUCCAGGUGACACAGCUGCCCUUGGUGAUCAGAAGCCACUCACCUGGUCCCUGCGUGCCAGCUUGCAGUGAGGACAUCUGUCCAGGCACGAGAGCCCACCUACCAUUUUGAGAAUUACUGUCAGUGCCUCAGUUAGAUAAGCUAGGCUUCUGCAAUCAUACUGAAGUUUAACAUCCAUACAACAAAUUGCACAAAUCACAAGCAUGUAACUUGAUGAAUUUUUACAAAGUGAAUAUGCCCCAAAAACCAACACCCAGUUCUAGAAAUAGAACAUUAGCAGCCCCUCAGAAGCCCCUCAGAAGGCUGCUUUCUCCUUUCCUGACACUAGCAUUCCUUGACUUUAUUCUGCUUUCUAGCACUGUAGGUUAAUUUUACUUGUUUUUAAACUUUAUGUAAGUGGGAUUGUAAAUUAUAUGUUCUGUGCCUGUCUUCUUUUUGCUGCACAUUAGAAGUCAUCCAUAUUAUUGUAUCUGGCAACACUUUGUUCAUUCCCAUAACCUAUGGUAUUUUACUAGAUAAAUACGCUACACUUUACUUAUCCAUUGUACUUCUGGUGAAUAUUUGUGGCAUUUCAAAAUUUGGGAUAUUACAAAUAAUAAAGGAAUAAGCAUUUUUACAUGUCUUUUGGUGGGCAUAUGCCGGCUUUUUGCACACUUUUUAAAAACUGUUUAAUAAACACCCUGUUUUGCAAGAAGUUCACAUGCCAAUUCAUGUAGAGUUGCUUGAGACCGUAACAACUGAAUAGAAUUUAAUUGUAUGAUGUCUUGUAAUAUGUUUCGCUGUUGGUCAUUUAGUCAUGUGGCAGAAACCACUAGUUGUUUGCUAAAAUUCAUUCUCCCUUUCCUCUAUGGUAAUGGACCCUCCACAUUUUAAGCUGGGCAGAUGGCUGCCCAGAAUAGAGACUACCAAUA